CCGAUGCAUUCUACGCAUCAAAAGCAAUCGAUUCCAACAAGUCUGUUGUCUGAUAGUUCGUAGAAAGAUAUAAUUUUACGCGUAACAUUCAGUGGUGCCGAAGAAUUAUACUACUCCCACCAUGUUGCAGGACUGCGACUAUGACUACUUCUACGAGGAGGAUAAAAUGUGCGCCCUUUUCGAUUCCUUAAAGUCAAUGAAGCACACUUCUUAAAGCCGUGCCUCCGAAUUAUCGACCAUCGAUAGUGGGGAUUCGUUAGAGAAAGAAGUUUAAACGCAAGGACGAUGGAUACAAGCAAGGAUAGUGAGCUAUGGUGCGAAGAAACCACUUCACUAUUACAGUUUGACCAGGCUGAGGACAAUACCUUCGACAGCAACCCAAUCCGUCCAACGAACGCUGUUGUAGUUGAUGAGGAAAAGGCAAACGGCGAUGACCAAGACACAGCCCUCAUUGUCAUCGGGUCCCCCCGAAAUGGACCCAGAUCAUUUCAAACGGAACGACGCAAGGAGUCAAAGAAACUAGCGAGUGAACAGGAUGACGCCAAGCCUGAGAAGGAAUCAGCCGCCAGCAAACGAAUGGAUGAUAUUGCGUUCGUGUCGAACGAUGAUCUUCCGGAUCCGGUGCUGUACGCGGACGGUUGCGUGGAUGAUAACAAGAUCAUUAUGCUAUGCCAGCGCCAGGAGAUGGAGCGCCUGGGCAUGACCGUCAGCUCUGGUACGGUUGUCAUCAAAAAGGACACCAGCAAUCUCAUCGGCAUCAGCAUCGGGGGUGGUGCACCGCUCUGUCCAUGUCUUUACAUUGUUCAGGUAUUUGAUGGCACCCCGGCAGCCCGCGAAGGAACACUGCAAAGUGGUGAUGAGCUGCUCGGCGUGAAUGGUGUCUCUGUGAAGGGCAAAACGAAGGUUGAGGUUGCCAAAAUGAUACAGUCCGCCACCGAGGAGGUGAUGAUACACUACAACAAGCUACACGCCGACCCAACGCAGGGAGAAACUCUGGACAUUGUACUGAAAAAGAUGAAGCAUCGGCUGGUCGAAAGGAUGUCCAGUAGUACAGCCGACACGCUGGGACUUUCGAGGGCAAUCCUCUGCAAUGACUCACUUGUAAAGCGUUUGCAAGAGCUUGAGCGAACGGAAACCAUGUACAAGGGAUUGGUGGAUCACGCACGAAGGAUGCUCAAGGCUCAUUUCGAUGUCCUUCAGACAUACCAAGCGUUUGGAAACAUAUUCGCUUCCAUAAGUGUGCGGGAGCCGCAACCACGUGCAUCGGAGGCGUUCCGUAUCUUCGGUGAGCUGCACCGCAACAUGGAGAAGGACGGCAUCAAGAUGAUCAAAACGUUGAAGCCAAUCCUUGCCGACAUGGGCACGUAUCUGCACAAGGCCAUCCCGGACACCAAGCUCACCGUGAAGCGGUACGCCGAUGCAAAGUUCAGCUAUCUGUCCUACUGUCUAAAGAUCAAGGAGAUGGACGACGAGGAGCAUGGAUAUGCCGCAAUACAGGAGCCACUGUACCGCGUUGAAACGGGCAAUUACGAGUAUCGGCUGAUACUGCGCUGCCGGCAGGAGGCGCGACUAAAGUUCGCCAAACUGCGCAGUGACGUGCUGGAGAAGAUCGAGCUGCUUGAGUGUAAGCAUGCGAGAGAUCUAGCCAGCCAGCUGCGAAAGUUCAUCGAGGGAUUGGCAACGCUUGCCUCCGAGACGGUGGAGCGAUUGGAAAGCAUUCCGAACCUCUUCCCGAUCGAGGUAGAUCUGAAGGCAAGCGCGUUCCAAUACAAAUCGGCUAUCAAGUUUCAGGCCGAAGAGUACACGGACGAGGAGAUACCGCAGGCGGAGGAAGCUAUCGAACAGGUGGAAACCGCAAAGUCCGCACAGGCGAAGACUACUGGCGAUUUGGAGCAGUCAAACGGAACCGAUGUUAGCGGACAGCUGUUGGGAGGCUUCGAGGAGAUUGAUCUGAACAAAGGAACUUCGGCCGGUCCUUCGGAGCACGAUUUGCUGAACGAGCUAGGACUGGCAGGGAUUGAUCUAUCCGUUGGCAGCAAACCCAUUAGUCAUAAUUUGAUGGAUGAUCUGCUGGUGCCUGAGCUUUUCAAAUAA